AUGUCUAUGAAUGUUACAUCCUCUGAGGGGGAAAUCAAAUCAGAUACUGUAAUAAACAGAAGCAGCGUAGAAUUUCUUAUACAUGUAUCACGUUUAAUUGAAGCUGGUGUAGCUGAAAUUGUACAGUAUCGUGAAACUCGUCUAUCAAGUUUGCUUAAAACUUUAGAAUCAUGCAAUAAAAUGGAUGAAUCAUCUAGGAAAGUUUAUUACCUACCUUGUUGGCUUACAGAUGAAGAACCAUAUGGUCUUGGAAAUGUUUUGUUGAAAUUGUUAAAUCAUCUUGUUAAAGUUGGAUCGAAUAAAUCAAUAAUGGAGAGUGAAACUGAUCAUUAUCAUCAUAUGUCGAAUGAUGAAAUGAUUAGUUAUCACCAACUGACUAAUGAUUGUAUUAAAUAUGCAAUUGAUUUAAUCGUAGUAUAUUAUGCAUUGCAAAACAACGUUCAUCAUGUUGUCGAACUACAACAUCAACAAAAUAAUCAAACAGACAUUAAAAAUCGUAUACAAGCAAUACAACGACUUAGACGAUUAAAACAUUGGUAUGCAAGUUUAAGAGAAUAUCUUAUUUCAAUUGUCGGUGAUCAACUUCAUCGACCUGAAUCAGCACUUGACUUAGCUGAACAAUUUGUCGAUUUAGAUCAGAUAAUGCGUUGGUGUUACCUUUUAGAAGUACAAGAUGAACAAUACAGUUUAGGAGCUGGUGCUGGCGGUGAUGAAUUGACUUCUAUUGCUUUAGGAAAUGAAGCUGAUCAACGUAAUCGUUAUCAUCAUCAUCGUUUAGCGGCUGUCUUAAAACGUGUCCCUCGUGAAUGGAAACUUCCAGAUUAUGCUCUUCAGUGGUUCCUGUCAAAUGGUGAACGUUCACGAGUUCAAUCGCUUCUUGCUCUGCUACAUCGUUCCAACGCUGUAUUAAAUGCCACAGAAGUACACGAUACUACUAAUCUUAAUCCUAGUAAUAUUAGUAGUAGCAAUAACAGUGACAUGAUGAUUUCACACCAAGUAAUUAAUAAUACAUCAAUCAUCAAUGAUAAGAAACCAUUAAAUAUUUCAGUGAUGAAAAAUACACACCAUGAUUUGAAUCAACCUCAUUCAAUUGUAGACACAAGUAUAAAUAAUUCUAUGCUAGGAGUAACUAGUAAAAUCAACCAGUCUAUGCAACAUAAAGUUGAUCCUAUCAGUUAUCAGCGUAUUGAAUGCGAUGAUCCAGUUGAAAAAUUUCUACAUCGUAAAGAUGUACAAAUUCAUGCCUGGCCUCAUUUAAUGUCUACUGGACAAUUCGAAAAGGCUGCAACUGUUUUAUAUGAAGAAGCGUCUAAACUUACAUAUUUAACAUCAGAUCAAUUAAAUUCAGUGAAAAAUCAAUCAAAAUCAAUGUUCAAUAAGAAUCAACUUAUUAAUCAAUCUUACGACAGAAUGGAACUACAAAAGGAUUAUGAACAAGACAAUCAAAGAUGUCCAUUGAUUUCAAAAAUUGAUGGUUAUCUAAAGUGGAUAUCACUUCAAGAAUUGCUUGAUCAAAAUCAUGUUAAAUCAGAGUCAAUUUUUGACAAUACAUCGUCUGAUUCAGAUCCACGUUUUAAACGUGUUCUCUCUAUACCAGUAUUAGUUCGUUUAUAUGUGAAUAAUGCAGCCUGUUUAAAUGAAACCAUGAAAACUGGUGGUAGUAGUGGUAGUAGUAGUAACCACAAUGAUAACAAUGGUGAUCGUGAAGAUGAUGAUGAUGGUGACAAUGAUAAUCAGUCCAAUGAUAAACAUUUACUCUCUGAAAUGAUUAUGCAUUUUCGUCGAGCGUUUAUUCUAAUUGAUAUCUUACAGAUUGUGUCAGAUUUAAGACCAAACGAUGAUUGUCAUGAUCCUAUAGAAGCACGAGAUGAAUUGUUAUUACAUAUUUGGUGUCAAGCAAUUCGAAUGGAUGAAUGGUCUACUUCUGGUGAUGUACAUGAUCCUAUUGAAAUUUGUACACGAAGUUUCAUAUGUGCACUUGUAUCUGAUCUUUUCAAAAAUGGUGUCAAUGUAAUUUCUUUACUACCAAGUCCAGAUCAAUUGUUUGCAGCAGAUGAAUUGGCAGAUUUAACCAAAGAUCCACAAUUCCAUUAUCUCAUUGAGUCUGGAUUUGAACAUAUGAGAAAUAUAUUAACAUCACAAAAGGAUACACAAGAUAUUGUAAUGACAGAUAUAUGUGGUGUGUAA